AUGCUCGCCAAGUCUCUACACCUGCUGGCCCUCGCGGCGCUGGCCUUCUUCGCCACGGCCCAAGCACUCUACUUCUAUGUCGACGAGGGAACGACGAAAUGCUUCUUCGAGGAACUGCCCAACGACACCGUCGUCGUCGGACACUACAUGGCCGAGGAGUGGGACAAGGACCUCCAGCGGUUCGUCAUCAAGGACGACUUGGGCAUCCAGAUCAGCGUCAAGGAAGUGAAAGACGACCACAUUGUGACUUCGACGCGGGGACCUCCAGAGGGCAAGUUUGCCUUUACGUCGCACGAGGCGGGCGACCACCGGAUCUGCAUGACGCCCGUCUUUGACGGGCGGCCGCACCCCAACACGUCGGUGCGGAUGCACCUCGACAUCAUCAUUGGCGAUGCCAAGCCCGACAACUCGGUGCGCGACCGCAGCCACGUCCAGGACCUCAGCAGCCGCGUGCGCGAGCUCAACGCCAAGCUGCGCGACAUCCGCCGCGAGCAGCAGUACCAGCGCGAGCGCGAGGCCGAGUUCAGGAACCUCAGCGAGGACACCAACUCCAAAGCCAUCUGGUGGAGCAGCCUCCAGCUCAUCACCCUCCUCGGCACCUGCGUCUGGCAGCUCAGGCAUCUCAGGGGCUUCUUUGAGGACAAGAAGCUGCGCUGA